CCUCUCUUUCCCUCUCUCUCUCUCUCUCCUCUUCUCUCUCUCUCUCUCCGGUGAACCUCUCCCGCAAUAUUCGCGCAAAUUUUCCUCCCCGGCUCACAUUCCGAACCGCGAAAGACGCAAAACUUAUCUCAAAAGAUACGGGCAGUAAAAACCCAUAUUUAGAGACGAACAAUCUUCGUGUGUCGUUCGCUUUUCAGGCGAGUUUUCCUGCCGUUACGGCGAAAAGUGCAUGCUUUCCAGUGAAAAAGGCCAAACUUUCUUUUGCUGGUAGGUAAGGCUUGUGUGUGUGUGCGCUCGCGCGCUCUUACGCUCACAGCCACGGUUCUGUUCCAAGAGAGAGAAAUCAGGGAGAGAAAACCAAUUACAGAGGAGAGAGAGAGAGAGUAGUUACGGAGUAUGUCUUGUUCUUUGACUUAAAAACAAAACCCUAAAGAGAGAGAGAGAGAGAGAGAGAGGUUUCUGCUUUUUAAAGACUAUUCCCAGUCCCAGUUGAUGAUAGAGAUUGGUUGAUGAAGAGCAGAAAGAAAAUUUUACGUGAGGAGAAGUAACAGAGGAGGGAAAGAUGAUUGAACAGAAAAGAAGCCCCAUCUCUAUUGAUCAAAGCAGCCACACUGCUUUUGCACCAAAACGACACAAGGCCGAUCUGUCUAUCUCCUCCAAGGAGACAAAAGAGAAGCUUGGCGAAAAAAUUGCGGCUCUGCAACAGCUUGUUUCACCAUAUGGGAAGACCGAUACAGCUUCUGUUCUUCUAGAGGCAAUGGAAUAUAUUACAUUUCUUCACGAACAAGUUACGGUGCUGAGUGCUCCAUACCUUCAGAGUAUUCCCACAGCUAAUAUGCAGGUGAGGAUUAGCUGGUGUAAUAGCCUUCAAUUUAAUCUUCAAGGAAAUCGAACCAUACAGUCUGCGGAGCAAAGGCUUAUGUCUGGUGCCAAUUUCAUGGACCAGCGGCGUUGAUAGCAGCAACGGUGCAGAUAUCUGGGCUCCCAUCAAGACCACCUCUCCCAAAUAUUAGACCAGCUGCCUUAGUUCAAUCACUUGUACAAUCCACAGUUAAGCAUCCAAAAAUGGGCUUUCAAGUUGGUAGAUUUGGUUGGUCGGGACAGCUUUCCAUUUCUUCAAAAGCAGGAUCCUUUUUUCAUGCAGUGGAUUUGUAGAGAGAGAGAGAGAGAGAGAGAGAGAGAGUCCAGACGAUUGCAAGUGUAUGACAAGUUUCCGGUAAGAUGUGAGUAGAUUAGAAACCCAGGUAUGCCAAAAUAAUGGAAUUGUUGAUAGGCUUUGAUGUUGUAGUUGAAGUUCCAAACCAAUGGUAUGAGAGUAUAGGGUAUGUAUUUUUCACUUAGUGAUAAUGUAAAUGACGGAAAAGGAGUUGUGUAAUAAUCAUAAUAGUUACUGAAAUAGAAUCCAAUUGAGAAUAUGGCUGCCAAGUUUAUGAAUUGAUGUUGCCAAAA